UCUUAAUGUUACAUCCGUUAAACUUUCAAAUUUGUGUGUGAGCGUACGUUGUUCAAGGAAGGUUUUCCAAAAUAUAUAGUAGUAUUUUAUAGUGCUUAGUGGUGAAUUGCCUCAGGAAUUUGUGACAUUUUUAAGUAAAUCAAAAUGUCUCACAAGAUGUAUUAUUCGGAUAAAUACUACGAUGAUAAAUAUGAAUAUAGACAUGUAGUACUGCCAAAAGAAAUGGUUAAAUCAGUUCCAACUACUCAUCUCCUUUCCGAACAGGAAUGGAGAGCUAUGGGUGUUCAACAGAGUCAAGGUUGGGUUCAUUACAUGAUUCAUAAACCAGAACCGCAUAUUUUACUCUUUAAAAGAAAAAUAACAUCUCCACCACCAGAGAAUUAAUUAUAUUGACUCCACUGUAACAAUUUGUAAAUACUGUUUCAGAUCAUUGUUAAUAUUCAUGAAACAAUUCAACUACAAAACAAACUCUCAUUAAUUGCUAAAAUCAAUAUUAAUAUGAUGGUCAAAUUCACAUAUAUUCAUAUUUAAAAAUUUACUACUUUUAAGAAAAAAAAUAAUUUUGAUCUUUCUAAAUUAAAUUUAUGGUAAUAAUAAUAAUAAUAAUAAUAAUAAUAACAACAACAACAACAAUAAUAAUAUAAUAAUAAUAAUAAUAAUAAUAAUAAUAAUAAUAAUAAUAUGAUUCAUUAUCUUAAUGUUUCUCUUUAAUAUAUCAUUCCAAAAAUAACAGAAGUGUUCUGUACAUAUGUCUAUAGAAUCCUUUAGUUCUUAAUAACAGUUUAAAUAGUACUUAUAUUUUGGAUUUAUCAUAACAUUUUAUGGUAUUUUGUUUAAUACAACUAAAAAAAAACAUGAGAGUAUUUUGAUUUUUUCUGAAAAUCAUAACUCUAAGAUAGAAUCAAUUAUUCUAUCAUGAAAUUGAGAAUGAAGAAAAUUAUCAUAUUUUUGUAAUUGAAGUGCCUUGCAUAGAUGUGGUAAUUAAUGAAGUACUUUAGUAUUAUAUACUUAGGAUAAUCAUUUCUUAUGUUUAACAAGAAUAAUAUAAAAAAAGUGUUUUAAGUUUUUAAGUUCAUUUAUUACAUAAAUAUUAAUUUGAAAUUUGAAUAUUAGUAAUUAAAUAUUAAAUUCUGUGUUGUAGUAUCUUGCCAUACAAUUUUUUAUAUCAUUCAGAAUUAUAUAAUGCAUUUAUAUUACAUAUAAUAUUUUUCGAAAUCAGCUCUCUACUCAUAUUGCUUGCAACAUUAUUUUAUUAGUAUUUUUCAAGAAUAAUUUUUAUGACUAAGUAUUACAUGACUCACUUAUUUUUAAUAAAUAAUAUCUGUAUUGUCUGUUCUUAAAUAAAUAUUUGUAAUUAAUAUGUUUGUAUUUUUUGUUUCUUACAAUUAUUUUAAAAAAAUAACAAAUGUAAAAUAUAAGUGAAGAUACAUUAAUAAAAAUUACGUUGUAUUUCUUCAUUUAUAUUCUUGAAUGACAAAAAAAUAAAACAAAUUUAGCCGAAUAUUCGAGAAUGGAGGGGCAAAAUGAUUAAAACAAUCACGUGACUGACCUCAAUCUAAUUAUACAAACAUCGUCCCUAGCGGUCAAGUAAUUCUCACACUAAUUUUUGUAAAUUGUACAUUAAUUAAAUCAUUUAUGGCCUGACA